AUGAAAGUAAUAGAAGCUAAAAUCGUCGUGCUAGGUUCGCAAGGCGUGGGCAAGACUAGUCUGGUAGUGCGCUACAUCGGCAAGAUGUUCUCAAAACAUAUCUCCCCGACCAUCGGGGCCUCAUUCUUCACCUGCAACAUCAACAUGGACGACGCUCGUAUCAAAUUGCAGGUGUGGGACACGGCGGGCCAGGAGAGAUUCCGCUCAAUGGCUCCGAUGUACUACCGCAAUGCAAACGCCGCGCUACUGGUGUUCGACAUCACGAGCGCCGCCAGCUUCUCUGCAAUCAAGAGUUGGGUUAAAGAGCUGCAAAGCAACGUGGCAGAGCCGCUGGUGCUGGCGUUGGUGGGCAACAAGGCGGACCUGGCAGAGGCUCGUGCCGUGCCGGCGGCCGAGGCGGCGCGCUUCGCCGCAGCGCUCGGCGCCGCCUACACCGAGACCUCCGCGCUGCAUGACCAGGGCAUCGACCACGUGUUCUUGAGUACAGCGCGCGAGCUGGUAGCGGCGUCGCAUGCGGGAGACUGCGCCAUGCGCUCGUACGACGCGCCCGACGGCGACCCCGAGCGCCUGCCCUACGGCACGGCGACCGAGGAGCCCGCCACGCACACGGGCGUGGUGGAGCUGGCCGGCGGCGCGCAGCCCGCCUGCCACGGCGAGCCGCAGCGCGCGCUCUGCUGCUAG